ACAUUGAUAAGAUCGUACUGCAAAAUAAAAAUGCUGCGUUGCGUCGUGUUAUGUCCAUAAUUAGUCCAGAUACGCUUUGAACUACGUAGGUUGGUGUUUGCUCCUUCAACUCGAGCUUUCGCGAUCAAAAAUCUUUAGUUGUAAAAAUUAUGUUUUUAUUUGAUGAUAUAUAAAUACACGGUAAUCUGCUUAAUGGCGUUGAUCGUUUUGUUCGUGAUUCAUUUAUUGAUAAUUAAAAUAAAUUAUAUCGAAGCGGUUCCGCAAGAAUCAAAUGCAGCUCCAAAAACACCAUCCGGUUUGUACGUAGCCACCGACAAAGUUGCACUUUUGACGGUCAACAAUUUCAACGAGAACGUUUACAAUUCGACAAGUGCUUGGCUGGUUCAAUUUUAUAAUUCUUGGUGUGGUCAUUGCAUAAAAUUCUCUCCCAUAUGGAAACAAUUAGCAGCAUCUAUUUAUAAUUGGCGAAAUGUGUUGGUAAUCGGAGCGAUCGACUGUGCCGACGAUCAAAACACGCAACUUUGUCGAGAAUAUGAAAUAAUGGGCUAUCCGACCGUUCGCUACUUUCCUCCUCUGCUGGAAAACUUCACCGUCGGAAGAGAGGUAUCCAGAGUGUUCCCCGAUCCAGCUGUACUAAGAACCGAGAUCAUUAAACACCUGCAGAACACUGAAACCAAAGUACCCAAUUGGCCUGAUUUCUCGUCCAUAAAUUCCGACACCAUUCAGUCUGUAUGGAAAGUGAACAACAGUCAUUUAUUGAUACUGGUUGUGGAGAAAGACGAAUCAUACGUUGGCCGCGAAUUAAUCAUGGAUUUAUACGGGGUUAAAAAUUUAAUGGUUCGAUACACGUUCAACGCUGAUUUCUCCAACACUAAGGAACCACUUCCGCAGAUAUUUGUUAUCAAAUCAGAUUACUCUAGAAAACAAUUACCUCUAACGAAUACCACCCGUUAUGAUGUUUUCAAAACGGUACGGAAUUACUUACUGAACGAAGGGUACAAUGUACCGAAUGUCGUUGAAACAGAGUCUAAAGACACGCAUUUGGUCAAGGUUAAGCAAAGUGCCAAACAGCAGCUUUUGGUUAAUAAAGUAUUCAUAGAAGAUUUAGAAUCCUCAGUUAGUUAUUCACUUUUCCACGAAGUCACAUUGAAACCUAAGAUCACCGGAGAAGCGAUGAACGCGCUGAAAGGUUAUUUACAAGUACUCAGUAAAUAUUUUCCAUCUAAUUCCAACAUACACGUUCUACUCAACGCGGUAAUUCACGAUGUGCGAGAUGUCCAUACCACAACUGGCGGCGAUUUCAAACGUUUGAUAAUCGAACACAGUCGAAACCUAUUUCCUCUGAAAAACAAACAUUGGGUUGGCUGCAAAGGUAGCACGGCUAAAUAUCGAGGAUAUCCAUGCAGCGUUUGGAUGACUUUCCACACACUCUCUGUCCAGGCGUACGUUAAUCCUCAACGUUCUACCGGCAGUACCGAAGUUAUUAAUGCGAUGGCUAAUUACAUCAAGAAUUUCUUCGGGUGUCAAGACUGCGCCGAACAUUUCCAAGAGAUGAGUAAAACGAUUGCUGGAAACGUUUCGACGCUUAACGACAGCGUGUUAUGGCUAUGGAAAGCUCAUAAUAACGUCAAUAAACGACUCUCCGGUGACUUUUCCGAAGACCCGGCUUAUCCCAAGGUACAAUUCCCAGCUAGUAACAUGUGUCCCGAAUGUCGCCACAGUAACGAUUCUUGGAGAGAGGAUAAAGUAUUAUCGUAUUUGGUUAGUAUGUAUACUAAUAUGUAUAACGUAGUUACCCUAUCUAAUGGCGAGUCAUCGACAGAACUUGCUAAAAUUAUUAGCGAAAAAUACGUCCAUCAGAAAGAGGUACCCGAUGGUUGGAAUUUCAGCUUUUCCGACGUAAGAACGUGCAUCGGUUUGUACGUAUUGUUCGCUUGCUUUCUCACCAUUUACACGGUGCGAUUCUUUUUGAAAAGAAAUCGCAGGAUUAAAAGUCAUAAAUAUAAUUAUCACAGCAAAGCGUAGGCAAGUCAAAGACGCACGACUUGGAGGUGGAUCGCGAUUUCUUGAAAAUGUUAAUUUUGCUAACGUCGAACGUAGCACGUGAUUUAUUUGAUAUUAAUUAGGAUCUAUUGUUUGUCAUCUACGUCAUUGUAACAAGAAUAUCCUCUAUAUGGUGUUAUCUCGUCUCGUAAUUGCGAACAUUCCGAAUAUUUUCCUCGUAUAUGGACAUUCGGAUGAAGAACAAUUAGUAUUUAUGUGUAUUGUGUAUGUUUGCUGAGAUCUCUCUUUUUUGAACAAAACUGAAAUAAGUUUACUAAUCAUUUUUUAAAACUAAUUUUAAUUUCUCGAGAUCAAUUUUCGUUUAAUUUAUACCGUAAGCUAAUUUCAGUGGUAAUCCAUGUACGAAGUAGGUACCUACCUACCUACCUACCUACCUACCUACCUAAUGCAUAGGGUAAAUAUUUUUCUUAAGUAAUCAAUAUUUUUUACAUUGAAUCGCCACUUGCUAGAAAUUAUCUGUGUAAUGUUAGUAACUUGAAAAUGUCUACAUUCUCAUUCAAUCUUCCCAAAAUUUAACUGAUUAUACGAUAGAAAUAAUUUAUCAUUAUCUUACCCAAUAUUUACUGGAUUUCUUUCAAGCAAUGGACGAGAAGAUAGGUAGGUAGUUAUGAAACUUGAAAAACACUUACAAAUGAAACAUAGGCCAACGAAUCAAUGUGAAAUUGUUCUAAAUCGCCUUAUGGCAAUGUUUUCAGUCAGAGAGUAUAUGUAAUGAUGGAUGACGAGAAAAUCACUGGUGGGGAAUUGUUACUUCAGAAGAGUAAUAAUUGGUGAAAUUCUGAUUUGAAAGCUUGUUAUUUAGCGACACCUUUCCCUACCCUCCAUAGCUUAUUAAACAAUGAAAGGAUUGUACCAUUUUAAAAUUUUGUUUCCUACCUAUUUGAAAAACAAGUUCGAAUUCAUUGGCUUCGGAAAUGAGCAGAAACUACGUUAUAUGAUUUGUAAAUAUGUUUACUUAAGAAUAAUUUGAAAUAUUGCUAGAAGCUCUGAAAACUUUAUGGUUUUUGUGAGUGCGGGGGGGGGGGUGACUCUUCACUCGCAUACCAGUCGAACAUCGGAGCUAAUAGUAGAUAUAGGUUCAUAAAAAUGGUAAAUCCGGGUUCAGAAGUGCUAAAUUUCAUUACGACUCUUUCAUAGGGUAUUUGGAAAUUUUUUCCAAAACUGUAACUCAGAAAUCAGCUAGAACUUUUUCAACAAAAAUAAUCGUUGGAUAAAAUGUGUAAUUCGAACCAGGACGAAAUGGAUUUUGAAAAUUCAUGACUAAAUCAAUCAAAGAAGUCACAAAGAAUAUAUACAAGCGUAUAUAGGUACUGAGUGAGUGUCAUUCUGCAGACCAUUUUUACGUUAAUUUUUUCAAAACUAGAGAGUCCAUAAACCUGCUAGAAGCUCCAAAACGGCUCGAGAACAUCGCCAAUCCACUAGGGUGAUUGAAAAUAGGUCAUAUCUACCUAUGCUAGAUUCCAGAUUUUUGUUUCAAUUUCAUCACUAUUCUUUUCAAUUCCAUUGACCACACCCAUGUGUUUUUCCCUCCGAAGAGCCGAUGUUAAUUUACACAGUUUUAGCCAAUUAUUGCUGCAAAAUUGUGUAGCAAUAAUAGGUUAAAACAGUUUUUUAAAAAUUAUCUGUCCGUCUACGCUGUGAUUAUUCUUGAUUCUGAAUUUUAUCUGAACAAAUAAAAAUUUGGUUUAAUGAAAUAAGUGAAUUGAAUUAGAAAAAUUAUCCUAUUAAGUUAGUCGCAGGUUUUUUCUUCUCUUGUGAUCAUUCGGAGGUGUCUUUUGCUGCAAACAUAACAAAGUGUACCUAGUAUAAUAAAGUGAUUUUUUUACCAUUUUUUCCUUUUUAUAUUUAUUUUUCGUGAAAUGUUUAUGUAAUAGGUAGUACAUAUGUAGUUUGUAUGUGAAUGUAUUGUAUACACCUAGGUAUUUAUUCUAUCAAAGCUUGAGCAAUUAUUUUGCUAUCCUGGGGGUAUAGUGUUUAUUUAUCUAGUGAUAGCUGUAAUGAGUAUCUUGCUUAGUUAGCACAAAAUAUGUAAGUAUUCUUAAGAUGUAGGUUCUUUUCCUUCGAGGCUUAUACAACUUUCGCGUGGAAAAAAGAUAAAACAUUGAAAGAGAAGAAGACAAAAAAAACUAUUUUUCUGAAAGAAAUUCGAUUGCAUUUAAAUUAGGCAUUUUAUUUCCUAAAAAAUGGUACAUAUUUUACUUGAAUGUGCUUUGAACGAAACAAAGGUUUAUUUGCUGAUCAUGUUGAAUUAUGUACGUAUUUUUACAAAAUCGAGUGGAUUCUUCAUAAUAAUUUUUUUCGAAAUAAUGAACAUAAAUGAUUAUUAGAUACAAUACAGCUCAAUAAUUCAAUAACCAGGUUAAUUUAGUGGAAAUGAAAAUUGUUUUUGUUUUUGUUCGUCAUCUUUCAUCUCGUUGAUUGGAAUUUCAAGUUACGGAAUUUUCUAUUUACAUAUAGCUAGGUAGGUAUUUUUCAUAACGAGUUUUUCACGCAUGAUCAAAAUUUCUCUUUCUAGGUAAUAAAAUUUAACUGCAAGAUGCAAUCAUAGUAAUCUAAGAAUUGAAAAUUAUAUUCACUCGAGUUAUUUCAAGGCUCCGAUUUCGGAAAUAUUUCAGCAAAAGUUUCAUAAUUUUAAUCGACUUUUGAAAUAUUCUUUAUUUGCCUACCUACAGAUGUUUGCUAAUACGUUUUAAUGAUAUUGUAGAUAAUUUAAUUAACAUGUUGAAAAAAAAAAGUGAUUAAGAGAGAAUACAAAUUUUUACGCGUUAAAUUGAAAACACAUUUGUGGCAUUCCAAAAAUACACACAAAUGGCAUUCCUUUAUUUCUUAGGCUCUAUUUGUUUUUUAUGUAGCGUAGGUUUUUUUGUUUUGUAUUUGUUUUUCUUAAAUCAAAGUGCAGCCUGUAUGACUGUAUUUUGUUUCCUAGUGCUCGUAAUUUUCUUUUUUUGUUUGUGCCUGUGCACGCAUGUGUUUUUUAAAUAAUACAUAUUUGAAAUUAGAUUAGGUAGGUAGCAUACGCGUAUUACGUAGGUACGUGCUAUGUACAUAUAUGUAUAUGUAAGAUAACCUACGAGUACCAAUUGUGAGUCGAGUAAGUAUAAGUAUAGGUCUUUCACAAAAAUGUACUUUUAGUAAUUGGUAUACGCAUAAAUUCCGAAGGAUAUUUUGUAUUACCGAAUAGAUGCAGAGAGAAAUCGGACGGAUCCGGCUCUCUUUUGACAUGCGAUUAUUUUAGGCCCUCCUAUCAAGUUGAUAUUCCAAAAACAAAUCUGAUUCUACUUAGUGAAAUGAGUUUAUUUUUAAUGCUUAAAUGAAAACAUUGCUGUACAGGGGCCCACAGUUUCUCGAACUCCUGGUAUGAAGAAGACCUUUCUAUAUUAGUAAUCAUUUUUAUGAUUCUCACAAUUGGUAGGUUGCCUUAUGCUGUGUAUUUACGUGAGAUAUUUAUAAUUAUUAAUUAUUAAGUAUUUCGAAGACGAAUUCAUUUUAAAUUUUCUUAUGUCAGCGUUUCUUCUACAGUAGCCUAAUAUAUAUUAUUUGCGGCCGCUUAUUUUAUGAUUCAUUGUAGACAUAUUUCCAUAUGUUAAUGUUUUCCUGGAAAAAUGAUGUCAGCUACAGCUAAUUUAUGUACAUUACGUAUUACGUACGUAUCAAAUCGUUAACAAUAUCUGUCUGAGAUCGAGCAAAUUAAUGCACCUUUGAAAUGCGAAUCGCGUGUUGGAUUUUCUUUUCGUUAUUUUUACUGUAUUGUUUUUGUCUUUUUUUUUUUUAGAGCGUCUACAUACAUGUGUAAGCGUAUCGUUCUUCCAGUUACCAAUUAUUUAUUUUCUUUAUUACUGUUCCAUUCUUGAUUAUGAACUGAUUCGAACAAAUUGUUUGAAAGAUAUGGGUUAUUAUGUUAUUUUUUUCGAGUUCAAUAAAGAAAUAUUAAGAUAAUUUAGGUAGGUACACGGUACAGGUACAUAUACGAUUUGAUGAUAGAUAUCGAUUGAACAAAUUUCAGUAUUAUUAUCGAUUAGAUAUAUGUAUGGUACCUAACUAUACAGAAUGUUCCAAUAAAUAUUUGAAAUUCUUUGAAUUUGGGUGUAACCAAAACCAGGUAUAACUGGUGCAAAAAAAACCUAAGACUCUAUCGAUAGCUCAUAUGUAUUGAUAUUUGAAGCUGUUUCUCUUCACUUACAUUGGUUAAUCAGAAAUCUAGAGUAGGUACCUCUACCUGCGGGUAUGGUAUGAUAGAUGUUUGAUGAUGAUGAGAUACUUUCCGGUUUUCCAUGUAUAACUUUGAAUUUUAUUUCGUUUAAAUUCAUAUCUUAUCUGCCGCUUGUUUCAAGUGUAAUCAAUUUUUUUCAACGAUUCGCUAAUAGGUAAUACAGUUGAAAAACAUGAUCUUAAAAUUUUUCUAAGUUUAUUUUCGAAAGCUGUUGUGUUUAGUUAUACAUACUUAAUGGUGAUCAAAUGAAUUAAAAUGACCUAUGUGUAAAAGGUGAAAAUUUCCUAAUAUUAUUAUGUUUAAAAAAAACUCCAAAUUGAUUUACUUACCUACUUAAUUUUUUGCGUAUUUUUAAAAAAAUAGGUAAAUUGUAAUAAGCGUGUUGUUAUGAUCGCAUUUACUAAUACAUUGAUUUUUAAAUACUUAUGUGUACUGAUAAUUUUGCGAGAUGUAAUGUGAUUUUUGAACUUUUGAGUGUUUGUCAUUGUUCUGUUUUUUGUUUGUAGAGUUAUUCAUGUCAUUUUAUUUUCAAAAUUUUUAUUUAUAAUAUGUAUUUUUGUUUUGCACGUUGAAUAAAUUUAAUUUUUUUUCCA